UGAACCCAUACCUUUGACUGAAAAAGGGUGUUUUCUCUGUUAUCCUCACACAACCUUUUUAGUGUUAUAUAUAUGUGUGUGUGUCUACCCAACCCAUUAUCAUUAGCACAUAGCAAUAAUAUCAAUCAUAUUCUUUUGUGAUCUUAUUAUUAUUAUUCACAUUAUAUUACAUCUUUAGUUUCUAUCAAUACACAAUUAUACAUACAUAUUUUGCAAUGGCUAUGGAUUUGAAUAGGAUCUUCAUUGUUGACAGUGUUGUUGUGUUUGGAGUUUGCAUAGUUUUGGCCAUGUUGUUUAAGGUUUCAACUACCUCACAAGAUUCAUCAACUGCAAAUUUUGUGUUUGGAGAUUCUCUUGUUGAUGUAGGGAACAAUAACUACAUUCCCACUCUCACGAGGGCUAACUACGCUCCUUUUGGCAUUGAUUUUGGCAAACCAACAGGGAGGUUCACAAAUGGAAGAACCAUUGUUGAUAUCAUUGGUGAGGAACUAGCAAUGGGUUAUACUCCACCUUAUUUGGCUCCAACCACAGUUGGACCAGUGAUUCUAAAGGGUGUCAACUAUGCCUCAGGUGGAAGUGGAAUCCUCAAUCUCACUGGAAAAAUCUUUGGUGGAAGAAUAAACUUGGAUGCACAAUUAGAUAACUUUGAAAAUACAAGGCAAGACAUUAUUUCAAGCAUUGGGGUUACUGCAGCUGUUGAUCUAUUAAGAAGAGGACUGUUCUCAGUAACAAUUGGUUCAAACGAUUUCAUCAAUAACUAUCUAACACCAGGAGUCACCAUUGCUGAGCAGAAGUUGACAACUCCACAAGUCUUUGUCAACACCAUGAUUUCAAGAUUCAGAAUGCAACUCACUAGGUUAUUCAAUCUUGGAGCAAGAAAAAUCAUAGUGGUGAAUGUGGGGCCCAUUGGGUGCAUCCCAAAUCAAAGGGAUACAAACAUAGAUGCUGGAGAUAAUUGUGUCACAUUCCCCAAUCAGUUAGCUCAAUUGUUUAACACCCAAUUGAAGGGUCUUGUUGCUGAGCUCAGUGCAAAUUUGAAGGGUUCAAUGUUUGUUUAUGCAGAUGUUUACACCAUCUUGGAAGAUAUAUUCAGCAAUUACAUGGAAUAUGGUUUUGUAAACCCAUCAUCAUCUUGUUGUUCCUUGGCUGGGAGAUUUGGAGGUUUAAUCCCAUGUAGUCCAACAUCAAGAGUAUGCAUGGACAGAUCAAAGUAUGUGUUUUGGGACCCUUUUCAUCCAACUGAUGCUGCUAAUGUUUUUAUAGCCAAGCGUUUGUUAGAUGGUUCUCACAAUGAUAUUUAUCCAAUGAAUGUUCGUCAACUCUUUUAUGCUUCUUCAUGAUACUUAAUUUAAUUAAUUAAUUUAUUCCCUUAAUCCUACUUUUGUAUCCGGGUGUUUCAUUGGUCAAAAUUUGGAGGAUACUUUACAGUUUACAUAUACAUUUUGUUAUUGAUCCAUAUGGAGAAUAUAUAAUAAUAGUAUACAAAACCCUAAUUACAU